AAUAAUGUAGUCGUUAUCUCGUCGGCGGAGCCUGCACGCAGUACCGUUAACGGUGAUCAAGGAAUAUCACCAACCGUCGUUGUAUCGUUUCAUUUCAUUGCAAACUCCCUCUCUCUCCCUAAAACCCACUUUCUCUCUAGAUUCGUGGUUCAAAAGUUCCUGACUGGAGCAAUUAAGAUAUCUUUGCGCCUGGGUCCCAUUUGGAUUCCAUUUUCGGAUGGAAAAACCCAAAUUUUCCAGAAAAUUACGUCUACAAUCUUUCCCAGGCACAUUUUGACCUUAGUUCCUGACAGUGGAUCUAUGGCUUGGAGGUAUCUGGGUAGCCUUUUUGGUUCCCGUUGGAAUUUUUCGAGUGUUUUUCAGCAGGGCACAAUAAGGGAGGUUGAACCUGGUUGUCACACUAUCAAAUCUCAUGGACUCCAAGUUGCAAAAGAUCACAAGCAUGAUUGGCUUAUAUUGCUGCUUCUUGUAAUGAUAGCGAUCAUUCUACUUGUCAUUCAUCCAUUUUACCGCUUUGUGGGAAAAGAUAUGAUGGAUGACCUUAAAUAUCCUUUGAAAGAUAACACAGUACCUGUGUGGGCUAUUCCAAUCUAUGCUGUUCUGUUGCCGAUUGUCAUUUUUAUUCUAUUCUAUCUUCGUAGGAGGGAUGUAUAUGAUCUGCACCACAGCAUACUAGGCCUCUUUUUUUCUAUGCUGAUCACUGCGGUUAUUACGGAAGCAAUAAAAGAUGCAGUUGGACGGCCUCGGCCAGACUUCUUUUGGCGCUGCUUUCCUGAUGGAAAAGAUGUGUAUGAUCAGUGGGGAGAUGUUAUAUGCCAUGGAAAGGAUAGCGUUAUAAGGGAGGGACAUAAGAGCUUCCCAAGUGGUCACACUUCGUGGUCCUUUGCAGGCCUGGGUUUCCUAUCAUUGUACUUAUCAGGAAAGAUUCAAGCAUUUGACCGCAAAGGGCAUGUUGCAAAACUAUGCAUUGUUUUCCUCCCUCUACUUGCUGCAUCUCUUGUUGGAGUUUCUCGGGUGGAUGACUAUUGGCACCAUUGGCAAGAUGUGUUUGCUGGAGGUCUUCUAGGGCUUGUUGUUGCAUUUUUUUGCUAUCUGCAGUUCUUUCCUCCUCCAUAUGAUAAUAAUGGAUCGGGCCCCUAUGCAUACUUCAAAAUGUUAGAGGGGUUGAGGGCCAACAGACAAGCAGCCGAUUCUGUGAAUGUGCAAGAUGCGCAAGGAAUGGAGGUUGUUUUACCUCAGCAACCUUCACGAAACAACAACGGGUUUAUGCCAUUAUCUCUUGACCAUGAUGCUACUGAUUCUUUGGAUCAAAUGGAAGCUGGGAGGAGGUAAUGUCAUUUGUCUUGCACUUGUUUGGGUCCAUGUCCCCUGUAAUUAACUUAGGCUUGUAUUAUGUAACCAACAAUCUCCUGCAUUCACUGAAUCUUUACUUUCUGCACAUUCACUAGUAAUGUUAAGAGGAACAAUCUUUUUUCUUUCUUUCCAAUAAUGCUUUGCAUAAACACUCAGAAUUACCUGUGAUGUAAAUUAUUAUAAAACAGAUGACACAAUUGCACAACCAUACACUUAUGUCGAUUGCCGCCAACUGCCAGAGGAACCACAGGAGUUGAUCUUCAGAUAUAAUUAGGUUCAGAGCAGUAUGUUCGUCAUGGGGCUUGGUUGCUUCCUUUGCAAGAUCUCAACUCCUCAAGCCUCUCAGUCCAACGCUGCUAUUGCCUUCUAACAAAGAUGAUGAAGUUCACCACCUCUUUGACUUCUCCGAGAACAAGGCUCUUAGGAUUCCACUCCCGGAGGUUUACGGUAAGUGGUGUUGCCAUUCGUGGAAUGGAUGAUUAGUAACAAUAACGUGUUCUCCUCCCUAACCAAUAGAGUUCUUUAAUCCUAUGUCGAGGGCACAAAUCCAGUUGCCUCUCCCAGAGACGUUUCAAGAUCCUCCAGCUGAUGUAGGUGAUGCACCAAUUAAGAGCUUCAUAUACAAAGCCAUACCUUCUUCAACUCCUUUAGAUCCCAAUUGUGUUACCAUGAAGAAAGUUGGCAUUCUGUAAAUCCAAGGGUUACAAAGCGAGUACAAUAAUUGUGAUGAUAUCAUAUAUUACGAGAACUAUUUUAUUA